CUUGAUCGGAAUAAACUCUUGUCAUGACCUGACGCUGGAAAUUUGGCAUUGAUACGUGAUAUUGUCAUUCGCAGGACUAGUAUCACAUAGGGGUUCCACCGUUGGUCACGUAUAAAGGUAAAACACUUCCACAUAGCUGACAGGUUAAAUAGGACAUGUGAAGCUGUUGUGCGCAUCGAGCCGUCAAGAAAAAUGGGUGACAAAACGAAACGCAUCGGAAAAUGGUAUUUCGGAGGGUUCGCCAGCGCUGCGGCUGCUUGUUGCACCCAUCCGUUAGAUCUGCUAAAGGUACAUCUACAAACCCAGCAGAAAGAAAGCAUUGGACUAUGGAAGAUGGGAGUGCGAGUGGUGAAGAAUGAUGGUGUAAUUGGUCUUUAUAAUGGACUUUCAGCGUCCAUAACAAGACAGCUUACAUAUUCACUAACUCGAUUUGCCAUAUACGAGACUGUGAAAAAAGAACUGACAAAAGAUGGAAGAAACAUGCCAUUUUACGAAAAGAUUCUUCUGGCAUCAGUGGCUGGUGCCACAGGAGGGUUUGUUGGAACCCCGGCAGAUUUGGUCAACGUUAGAAUGCAAAACGAUAUCAAAUUAUCAAAGGAACUAAGAAGAAACUACAAGCAUGCCAUAGAUGGCUUGUAUCGUGUUGGUCGUGAGGAGGGCCUUACCAAGAUGUUUAAUGGCGCAACCAUGGCCAGUUCCAGGGCAGUGUUAGUCACAGUUGGACAACUUGCUUUCUAUGAUGAAAUAAAAGGAAUGUUAUUAAAAACCAGCUACUUCGAGGAUAACCUUGUCACCCAUUUUUCAGCUAGUAUUAUGGCAGGUGUUAUUGCAACAUUUUUAACACAACCUUUGGAUGUGAUGAAGACGAGAAUGAUGAAUGCCCCACCUGGUCACUAUGCCAGUUUGAUGGCUUGUGCCAUGGACAUUGGGAAAAAUGGACCUAUAGGAUUCUUUAAGGGUUUUGUUCCAGCAUUUGUCAGACUUGGACCUCACACAGUGUUGACUUUCAUCUUUUUCGAACAACUACGGCAGAAUUUUGGAUAUUUUGCAAAAUAGUCAUUUUUUAAACUACCAUAGAUGCAUAAAAUGCUAAUUCAUUUAUAAUUCAGGGAAGAAAAAAACCUGUAUAAAAGCACACAAAAAAUUCAGAUGACUGUGAUGUUUGCCAUAAGAGCAUAUUUUAAUUUUAGAUCUAAAGAAUAGAAUAAAACAUUAACAACCAUUUGGCCAAUUUUAUGGCUACAUUUCUCAUUAAACAGGUUGUCUCACAGACCAGGUGGUCACUUACAGCAGGUAGAUAUGUAUUAAUUAUUAACUGGAACAGAACUAUGUUAUAAACUGAAUUGUCUAGAUCGAUGAAUUUCUAUGUUAUUAAAAUCAUUACAUAUACAGACAUUAACAUAACUGCGGCAAACAUUAGCAAACUCUUUUAUUUAAUCACAUUUCAUCAAUAAUUGCUAUAUGAAAAAUGUUAAUCCCUGAUAACCAUAAUGUUUUCAGUUGUAACCAUCCAGAUCACUAAAAUUCCAGUUUCUAUAAGAUAUGUUUAAUUUUUUAAUUAUAUUUAAAAAAAAAAAAAAAUGUUUUGUUUUGUUGUUGUUUUUGCUAUCUAUACAUAUUAAUUAUAUGUAUAAAAGAAAUUACUCUGUAAAAGAUCAUUUAUUUGUUUAAAGCCCUAUGUGAAAAGUGAUGACAUCGAGCAGUAUAGAAAACAACUGCAGCUGAUUACUCAACAUGAUAAAGUGUCAGAAAAUCUUAAUGCUAUAAUACAGUAAGUUAGAUUACUGAAUUUGUAACAGAGUUUUACAAUAAUAUGUUGUGAUAAAGAUUUAGUUUUGCUGUGCAAGCUGCGGAUUGAUCAAGUUUUGUGAUCAACUUUGUGUUCUGUGGUCAGACUGAUAAAUUCAUUUUACAAGAGCUGAUACAGGUUAUAUUAGAUAUUAAUGUUGCCUUAUUAUGAUUUUUUACAUACAUGGUAUAUCUUGACAAUUUAAAAUGUCAUCUUCAUGACAUGAAUUAGUAAUUUUAAUAAUAUGAAGUUUAUUGUAGUGACAUGGCAUUCAUUAAUCAAACUAAAGGGGAUUAUAGGGUUUGUCUCAGUCCACCUGUCUGCCUGUCUGUUGGUCUGUCCCACAUAUACAUGUAUAUAUAUAUUUUUUAAUUUCCAGAUAUUGAGCAGCAAUUUUGGUUUUGCAUAUAGCUUUACUGCUACAGAUCACAUUUGACUUUCAUGGCAAUUUACCCAUUUCGGACAGAGUUAUUGCCUUUGAACUUUUUCUUCGCAAUGCCCCAAGAUAUUGAGCUGAAAUCUUGUGUAUAGCUUAUCAUGUACUCUUACAGAGCAAGUUUGACUUUCGUGGCGAUUUGUCCAUUUUUAUACACCCGUCUGUGAUGGGUCGUAUUAUGGUAUGGGUUGUCCGUCCGUCCAUACUUUUUUUUUUUAUCCGGACCACAUCUUGCAUACAGAUGCAUAGGACCAUCAGACCUUGCAUUUAGGAACAACUUGGGAUGGUGGUGGGUCACAUACUAUUACUAGGUCACUGUGACCUACUUUUUACAGUCUACUGCACAUAACAGUAAAUCCUUGUUUGGAUCAUAUCUUGCAUACAGGA